AUUUUAGUUGUGCCGUUACAUAGGAAAUGCAAAUCUCUUCUUAAGAAAAUCUACGAGGACACUCCAAAAAAGUUCACAAGUCCAGAACGAAUUACUUGUCAUCUGACUACCGACUUUCCCAUCGAAUAAUCAACGAGUGGAAUUCAUUACCUCAGCACGUGGUUGAGGCUCCAUCCGUCGACUCCUUCAAAAGAAAGUUGGAUCAGCUGAGAGACCAUCAUUGCCAGGACUAACACAGGCCAUCAAGCCUCCUGUCCUUUCCAAACUGAAACUGAAACUGUAAGAAAUGUGAUGAGCUUACCACAGCAGAAUAUGAUGACAUUCACCCUGUUAGUAGUAUAUUCAGUUCAGAUUUAGACGUUUAGCCAGGGGCGAGAAUAAUAAGACAAUUGUAAACUUUUCCAAUAUUGGCUGUUUUUACAAUGUGUUGUAUUUCACAGCCCCGACAUCUUUACUAAAAGUACCAUAAAUUUCAAUCGGCUAGGUAGUAUGCUAUCAUUAAAACACAGGAGAUAUGCUCAAGGAGUUAUGAAGUAUCUCGUUAGUGAUUUACGUACAAACUCCGAAUGUGCUAAACCUGGUGACUCCAGAGCGACGCAAACAAUCUUAACUAAUUAACCUUUCAGUUAUGUUUUAUCUGUUAGAGGUUGAAAAUCGGUCUUAAAUCUGAGAAUAUGGUGAAUAUAAAGAGUGGUCUCUUUGUCGUGAACUGUUUGAAUAUGUACGUUCAUCUAAUAUCCAUUAUUACUUUGACUCUAAUCAUAUAUAGAGCGUCAGUCAGCAAGUGCCCACUGGUUCUUCAGAAAAUGACAAACUCUUGUUGCAUUAUAUUCUAAAGGGUAUAACCUGGAGUUUGCAUUUUUAUGAAUUAGUACUUAGAUAACUUUUUUUACAUAUCUGUAAAAAUAUACACUACUAACCGUCUUUUUAAACCUAUGAAACGUGGUGUCCAAAUCUGUGUCAAUCUGCUUCUAACAUGGAGCUGAUCAGGUGGUUCGUGCAUUUUAUUUUUAUUAUAUGUACCUCAGAUUUAGGUUCCGCUCUACAUAUUUCCUCCCAUGGGUUAGUGACUCAAAACCUAUUACGGUGAUUUCUAUUUGGCUAUUGACUUUCAGUUAAUAGAACUCUAAUAGACUUUGGUCACAAAUAAUUUUUUUUACAAUACACCACUUUCCAUACUUUUCCUAUCUAGAUCAUAAUAUUUUUCAGUUGGGAAACUAACACGUUUGGUCAUUCUCUCAAAUGAUCAAAGUGCCUGGCUUUGUUAUAUCCCAGUUAUUGGGACGAGGGACGUAUGGACACGUAUACAUGGGAAGAAAGUCUGGUUCAAGUAAGCCAGUAGCAAUCAAAUGCAUUAUGAAGUCGAAACUAAGUAAUCAAGGCCGGGAUAAUUUAGUCAGUGAAAUUUCUAUAUUGAAAGCUCUUGAACAUCCCCAUAUUGUUCGUAUGCUUGAUUUUACAUGGGAUGCAUCUUUUGUAUAUAUUAUAAUGGAGUUUUGUGGUGGAGGAGAUCUUGGGAGAUUUUUGAGGUUGAAAAGAAGACUAGAUGAACUACUUGUGCAACGCUUUUUACAACAAUUAGCAUUAGCUCUCCAAUACUUAAAAGACAAGAAUAUAGUCCACAUGGAUUUAAAACCUCAGAAUAUUUUGCUCACAUCAACCAACAAUCCAAGCUUGAAACUUGCUGACUUCGGAUUCGCCCAAUGCAUUAAAGAGACAGCUAAAAGGAAUGAAGUUCGUGGCACAUUAUUGUAUAUGGCACCUGAAAUAUUCUGUGAGGGUUUUUAUCAUCCUUCAUGUGAUCUGUGGUCUAUUGGCAUUAUUUUAUAUGAAUGCCUAUUUGGUACUACUCCCUACGGUCAAAUAACAAUUGAACAAUUAAAAGAGAAAUUAGUGACAAUGAAUGAACCAAUUAAGUUACCUUCUACAAAUGAAGUAAGCAAACCAUGUGCUGCACUAUUACAUGGUUUAUUAAAACGGGACCCUUCUGAACGAUUAAAUCAUGAACAGUUUUUUUCACAUCCAUUCAUUGAUUUAGAUCAUGCACCAUCAGCACAAAGUCUCGACAAAGCUGCUGAAUAUCUUGAACGUGCGCCUCAAUUAGAAUCAUUGGGGAAAUUGUGUGAAGCCUAUGAUUGUUAUCUUGAAGGUUUAAAUCACUUAAUGGCUGCAUAUAAUUAUGAGCGAUUGCGCUUCAAGAAAUCGCAAAUACGAAAGCUGAUAAAAGAUCAUUUACUAAAAACGGAAUCGCUGAAAUUGGAAUUAUGUCUACUUAGUCACACAGAUGUGACUUCAUCGUCGUCACCCCAAUCAGAGCCAAAAACUCUUAACAGCCAAGCAGUUAAUUUACCUGAUCCUAUUGUUCCAAUGAAAUGUUAUAAUGUAUCAGAACAGCCUAAAAAUAAUACGGAUUCAUCAAAGAAAGGCCUAUUUCAUCAUCUACCAAACGAAAAAGAUGAUUAUCAAUCUUCAUUGAAAAGCAAGUCAUUACCUACUUCCGAAACAUAUCAACUACAAGAUUCAGAUACAAGUGAUAACUUUACAUAUUUUAGGGGAGACUGUUUGUCGACAGAUUCAAUUGACAAAAUUAAUAAUUGUUUAUCCUCAGAUAAAUCUGGUAUCCUUAAUCGUAUUAAGCAUUGGUUUUCGCGACAGAAUGCUAAUAUUAAAAAUCCUUGUGAAUUCAGUGGAAAUGCUAAACGUGUGCCUACCGCUAUAUUGGUUGAUGUGGAUUGUGUAAAUUCUACACAGUUACCAUCGGAAUCGCUUCACUCUACUCCUGUCCUUCCUUCAUCUCCUAGUCCUUGUCCUAAUUCAAAGAACACAACUGAACAAGAAGAACAUUUAACUCAUGAUCAUGCUGUUAAUUCCUCUACAACCGAACCGACCAUUAAAUCAAGUGUAAAGACAGCUCCUUUGAAUUCUCCAAACUUCAGAAAUUCCCAAUUAGAAUCUGGACCGAAUGUCGAUUCGAUGGAUAUGGUAGACGGUCUAACUGAGAAAUUUGAUGGUAGUCGACUUUUAGAACUGGAUAGCUCCAGCAAUAUUGUGGUUGAAUUUUUGGACAAGUUUUAUAAACUCAUUUCCAAACAUCGUUUACAAGAAGCACUGACUUACUUUCAAAACGAAUUUUCAUAUUGUUUAAAAGAAGCUCAGAAUGAUUCUAAUUCAAAGAGCCGGAGUAUAUUGUUUAAAGAAUUAAAUCUUGCCAUGGAUAAAGCUGAACAACUCAAAGCUAAUUUAAAUUGUAACAGUAAAAUGAUGAUUGGUGAAAAUGAAUCUUCUAGUUUUCAAAUUGGCGAAGAAGUACUGGAUGAAGAUCCACAAGAAGAAGAUCAGUGCUUAUUAAUGUGAAGGGAGAGAGAUUUAUCUAACCUAUUUUUAUGUUGUUUGUUGAAAACUUUCAAUGUGUACACUAAAAAAAGCUUGAUGAUCUAUCAAGUGAUCGUGAUAUUGUGUAUAUUUAUUAGUUGAAUAUUUUUCUUAUUUCCUUUUUUCUCAUAUGUAACUGUUCAUUUUACAUGUAAUUGUUAACUUCUAUUUUGUUGAACAUUCGUGGUACUUACAAACACCUCAUACAUAGAUCAUAUUAUCUUUUAUCGAAAAAUGUCUUUCAUACGAAUUUUUUUCUUUUAAUAUACUUUAACGGUAAAUAUGAAAUUAUUUUGUAGUUGGUUUUGUAUUUCUUGUUGUUGUAUUCAUCUCUCUUUUUCAGAGGUACUUAACUUUCAGUAAUGUCUAUGCAUAGAUAUAGAUCUUUUUAAAUACUAAGUUUAAUUAGCGUUGGGUUAACUUUUGAGGUUACAAACGAUUAGGAUAUAUAUAUUUCUAAUAGGAAAUGUAAUUUAUAUAAACUGGAUAACACACAUACAACAUUUUAACGGUCAUCUCCAACUCGAUAGAAGAUAUGAAUUCAAGAGAAUCCUAAUAUUUAAGAAAACAAGUAUGAAGAAGAUCAAUUUGGUAUAUAUACCCGUCAACAGUGACCUUGGGACAGAAAAUUCAUAACACUCAAGGUAAUAACAUCCAAUCAGAUAACAGUGAACACUGAUUCUGAAUUCUGAUGAGUAAAAUAGUUAAUCAGCAGAUAUUUUGUUUUUUAUUAUCCAGUCAUAUUGAUU